AUGGAAGACCAAGAUAACAUGAACGAUUCAUACUAUAAAAAUAAGAAAUAUGAACAAGAAAAUGAAAACUUCAAUAUUAAUAAUGAGGAUGAAAAAAAAGAAGAAAAUUCGUUUCAUGAGGUCACCAAUGUAUAUCAUAGUAAUGUGUGUAUAAAUAAGAAUACAAAAGAAGAUAAUAUUAUAAGAAAAUAUUUAAGUGAACAGAUGACAAAGGUCAACAUAAUAAAUAACAACCACAAUAUGGAUAAUAAUAAUAAUAAUAAUAAUAAUAAUGAACUUUCUAUUAAUCAAAUUACAAAUAUUGAUGAUAGUGAUGAUGAUAUUCCUUUAUUAAAAACAUAUGGAAUUAAUCAUACUAUCAACACAAAAUAUAAAAAAAAUGCCAAUCGUUUUAAUAAUAAUAAUGAGGAGGAGAAGGAGAAGGAGAAGAAGGAACACCAGCCGCAUCAAUACCAUCAAGUAAAUCAAUACCAUCAAGUAAAUCAAUACCAUCAAGUAAAUCAAGACAAUCAAAAAGAAACGUCUUCAUCAGUCACAAGCAGCGAUGAUGAUGUAUGUCUAUUAAAUUUAAUAAAGAAUGAUAAGAAUUAUAAUAUUAAUAAUUUUAAUAACGAAAAUUAUUAUGAAAAGAAAAAUAAUUUUAAAGAUGAUGAUAAUAAUAAUAAUUCGUCAGACUACUCUAGCUAUGAUUCAGAUGAACCAAUACUCAUAAGAAGUAAUUUAAAAAAAAAAAGAAAUAUUCAAACAAAUAAAAUAGGCAAUACUAGUCAUUAUAGUAAUAGUUGUAUGAAUAUCAAUAAUACGUAUCAAACUAAUAAAACGAUAUUAAUUAAUAAAACAACACUUAAAAGUACUCAGAAACAAAAAGAUAACAAAUUCAAAAAUAUAAAUGCAAAAACUAGUUUAUCCAAAAGUAGCUGUAGAAAAACAAACAAAAAUUCAAAUGACAUAUCAAAAAAAAAAAAAAAAACAAUAUCCAAAACAAAAAAAAAAACAAAAAAACAAAAGAAAACAAAAAAACAAAAUAAAAAUAAAAUAAAAAUAAAUAAACAUAAAGAUAAUAAAGCAAAUAACUAUUUUAAUGAUAAUGAAAAUGAUUCUAUUUGUAUAGGUACCUUUGAUCCAAGAAAUAGAUCGAAUAAAGAAAAAUUAGUAGCUCAAUUAUUAAUACGCUGGUGGUAUGUACUUCCCGACUGGCCACCAUUAGAUUAUGAUUAUAAAGAUGAAUUAUAUAAUCGAAAAUUAAAAUUGGUCCCAUUAGAAGAAUAUGAAGAUAAAGAAGAUAUAGAUAGUGAAGGAUUUAGGAAGGUUUAUCAAAUAUCUGCUUUCCCAGGUAUUUUUAGAGAUGCCAUGGGUAUAGCAUACGACCUAAGAGAUAAAGACUCAUGUCCAUGUUAUAAUAAUUUAAUUAAAAAAACAGAUCAAGAAUUAUUACAAUUAAUAUAUCAAGCUAUUAAAAAUCAAAUACAAUGUUUGAAAAAUUCAGUCUACAAUGAAACAUUUAUGGAAAAAAAUUUGGAAAAAGAAUUAAAAGAAGUCGAAUUAAAAUUAAAUAAAAUCACGAAAAAAAACAUAAUAAAAAUAUAA